CCCCAAUCUUCUCUUUCUCCCUCUCACUCAUUCGCUCUCUCUUUCGAUCUCUAGAAAUAGAGAGAAUUCAAUUCUCUUCCAUAAUAGAUCACAUUUUCUCUGCAAUUUUCCCUUCCAUUUUUCUCAAGAAAAAACAAAACAAAAAAAGGAAGAAAAUGAAAAUUCCAAGUAGUGCAGAGAAAUGUGUCAGCUUUAUUUACCAUGUGGCGGUGUUCGAUUGACUGAAACGACACAGUUUAAAAACCUUACCUUUUUUAAGGAGGUAACAGUACCUUUCUCUCUCUUUCCAUCUCGUUUUUAACAAUGCAGAAUGGAAUCAUUGUGUUUCGAGGCUUAUUUUGAAUAUACAAUGGAGGACCUUUUGUAGUUUACUGUGAUUUUUUUCUUCUUGUAGUGUAUAAAAAUCCUGUCUUUGAUGAAUAGUUGUAGUUAUUUUGGUGUGUUUGGAAGUGGGUUGCUUUUAAAAGUGAGUAAUUGGGGCUGAUUUGAGGGAAAAAGUUCAGGGAUUUUUGUGUUUUUAUUUGAGGUUCAGUGGAGUGAGCCCUAGUGGUGGUUGAAGUGUAAAUUUGUUGAAAAGGUAAGAUAUUUUUUGGGAGCUUCAGGGUUUGGCUGGUGAAUGAGGGUACUGGAGGUGGAUAGCUGUAAUGGGUUUGUGAUAUUUAAGCGUUUUGUGCUGGUUGGAGAGUCAGUUAUUUUGCAAAAUGGGGUCUUAGUGAAUUCUCUUGGUGGGUUUCUGGUGCUUGUGUUUAAUUUGAGGAGGAUUUGAGAGAAGCUUGAUAAAUUUGGAAAUCUCGGGUGGCUUUGAGGUGAACAAGGUGAAGAUCUCUUGAAAAACAGUGUCAAAUUGAAGUUGGUUUGGACAAUGUCAGGAGCUCCAAGAGUGAGGUCAUUGAAUGUGGCUGACUCUGAGGCCAGGCCUGUGUUAGGACCUACUGGAAACACUAAGGCAGGGCCAUUGAUGAGUGCUCGGAAACCUGCCUCAAAGCAAUUAAGAAAGGAUGGGAAAUCGCCUGAGGAGGUUAAAUUAGGGGAAGAGAAGAAAGUCCUUACGGUCCCCACUGUCGGUAAUUUGUCCCCCAAAUCACUUUCUGGCAAUUUUUCUUCAGUGCUUCGCCGCCAUGAACAGUUGUUGCAUUCGAAUUUGUCACUAAAUGCUUCUUGUUCAUCUGAUGCUUCCACUGAUUCAUUUCAUAGCCGAGCAUCUACUGGGAGGUUGAUUCGGUCAAAUAAUGUAGGGACUAGAAGGAAGCAGUAUGUUUCAAAGCCAAGAAGUGUUGUUUCUGAUGGGGGUUUAGAAUCUCUACCUUCUUCUGAUGGUUUACAGUCCAAGAAAAGUUGUGCCUGGGUGACACCAAAUACUGAUCCAUGUUAUACCGCUUUCCAUGAUGAAGAAUGGGGACUCCCAGUACAUGAUGACAGGAAGUUGUUCGAGCUUCUUGUCCUUUCAGGUGCUUUGGCUGAACUUACCUGGCCUGCUAUUCUAAGCAAAAGGCACAUGUUUAGGGAAGUUUUUGCAGAUUUUGAUCCAAUUGCAGUCUCAAAAUUUAACGAGAAGAAGAUCAUAGCACCUGGAAGCACUGCAUCUUCCCUGUUAUCAGAGCUUAAGCUCCGUGCUAUCAUUGAGAAUGCUCGCCAAAUAUCCAAGGUCAUUGAUGAGUUUGGGUCCUUUGACAAGUAUAUUUGGAGCUUUGUGAACUACAAGCCUAUAGUUAGCAGAUUCCGGUAUCCGCGACAGGUCCCUGUGAAAACUCCCAAAGCAGAUGCGAUAAGCAAGGACCUUGUAAGAAGAGGGUUCCGCUCUGUGGGGCCCACAGUCAUCUACUCGUUCAUGCAGGUAGCCGGGGUAACAAACGAUCACCUCAUUAGCUGCUUCAGAUUCCAGGAGUGUAUAGAUGCAGCAGAAUGGAAAGAAGAAAACGGCAUCAAGUCUGAAGAUGUGAAAACCGAUGACAUCAUGGAAUCCAAACUAUCCAUAGCUAUUGAUGAAUUGAGUUUCUCCUCGGAAUGAUGGAGGUGGCACUUGGAACACCAUGUUCAGACAGCAGUUUACCCUAGUAACUGAUUCUCAGCUGUUCUUCGGGCAGCAAUGAAUAUGUUUUUUUUUUUUUUUUGUAUAAAUUUUAAUGAAUUCCAAUGCAUAUUACGGAUUCCUAGAUUGUAGAUUACUAAAAACGAAUUAAAUCAACAGAUGAAUGGACUGUAGAUGGGGCCUGUUCGAGCGAGCCUUGAAAAAUUAAUGUUGAUUUUUUGUACAGUUGAAAUAGCCGGUGAUCUGAAUCAUCUUUUGAACCCAA